GUUACAUGACGCACAGCAUCAUUCCUCGUCAGCUCUUACGUUUCCGUAUGUGUCUCUCCCCACUCACACGCUAACUUUAGCCAUGUUCCCCGCAGUUUCAUUUUUUUGACAUUCCAUAUAACAACUGGUCAUUUUGUGUGACAGUCAGACGGACUAUUGUGUCACAUGUUGGCUCUUCUAGCAGCCGAAUAGUGCCAUUUUCCAUUCAAAAACACGCCGAAGAAGCGAGCAUCUCCUGGCUAGCUGGUUAGCUUUCAGGAGAAUAACGUCGCUGUGAGACGAAGCUUCUAUGACCUACGACUGUCUGCCCCGAUCAGAGGAUGUAUCCGCCUUCCAGAAAGGACUUCAUCUCUCUGACACUCAGUGACCCGCACAGUCACACGUACAACAACGGCAAACACCGGAGACAGUCCUGCUGGAGGAAAUGGAAGCAGCUGUCUCGGCUCCAGCGAAGCCUCAUCCUGUUCCUGCUGGCUCUGCUGCUCAUAUUUGGACUGCUGUCCUAUCCCAGCAUCACAGAGCAGUGGAAAGGGUUGUCUGACAGGGAGGACUGGCUGGAACUGAAUGAUAGAGACUUAAAGCCUGUGCCUCCAGGUGUGAAGCCUGUUUUGGGUCCAGCUGCAGGUAAAACUCCAGCUCCUGUGGCGGGGCCACAUCUGGGGCCAGCUGUGGUCCCAGAUGCUGUGGUCCCAGAUGCUGUGGUCCCAGGCGCUGUGGUUCCAGACGCUGUGGUUCCAGAUGCUGUGGGUCCAGUGGCUGUGGUUCCAGAUGCUUUGGGUCCAGAUUCUGUGGCGGAGCUUAAAGGACCAAACAUGCCUAUUUUGGCAAAACCCCCCAUCAAGAAAAAGCCAUUCCCAAACAAGAGAGGUCCACCAAGCCUGCAGAAAGGUGGAAAUGUUUCAGACACAGUUGGUGGGGAAAGGCAAGAACAAGAGGUGGUUCAAGAUGAAGGAGAGGAAGAGGAAAAAGAAAAGAAGAUUGUCAGCUGGCGAGGAGCGAUGAUUGAAGCCGAUCAGGCCACAGAGCCUUCACCCUCAGCCAAUGAGAAAGAAGCUGCAGCACCCCCAGCACCAGCCAACCCUGCUGACACCGUCCCACUGGCAGUUUCAGCUGGAGCUGUGGACAGACUUGAGGCAGUACGUGAUGCCUUCCGACAUGCAUGGAAAGGCUAUAAGGACUACGCCUGGGGUCAUGAUGAGCUCAAGCCCAUCUCCAAGUCUUUUGGCGAGUGGUUUGGAUUGGGUUUAACACUCAUUGAUUCUCUGGACACCAUGUGGAUUAUGGGCUUAAAAGAAGAGUUUGCAGAGGCAAAGGACUGGGUAGAGAAAGAGCUGUCCUUCAACAAAAACGUGGACGUGAAUCUUUUUGAGACGACCAUCCGCGUCCUUGGGGGCCUGCUGAGCACCUACCAUCUAACAGGAGACCAUCUUUUCCUAGAGAAAGCUAAAGACCUGGGGUCCAGGUUGAUGCCCGCUUUCAAAACACCCUCAAAGAUCCCAUUCUCAGACGUCAACAUUGGAAAGGGAACAGCCCACCCUCCUCGAUGGACAUCAGACAGCACACUGGCUGAGGUCACAAGCAUUCAGCUGGAAUUCAGAGAGCUGAGCCACCUCACUCAGGACCCGCUGUACCAGGAGGUUGUGAACGAGGUAAUGAAGCUGGUCCACAAGCUUCCAGGCAAACAUGACGGCCUGGUGCCCAUGUUCAUCAACACCAACAGUGGCCAGUUCACCCACAAAGGAGUCUUCACACUGGGCGCCAGGGCAGACAGCUACUAUGAAUACCUGCUCAAACAGUGGAUCCAGGGAGGCAAGACAGAAGACGACCUGUUGGAGGACUACCUUCAGGCUAUUGAAGGAGUGAAAAAACACCUUGUGAGACAGACGGGGCCCAGCAGAUUGACCUUUGUUGGAGAGUUGUCACAUAACCGCUUCAAUGCUAAAAUGGACCACCUGGUGUGCUUCCUGCCAGGAACCUUGGCGCUGGGGGCCCACAACGGCCUCCCAGGGGACCAUAUGGAUCUGGCUGUGCAGCUGAUGGAGACCUGUCACCAGAUGUACAAACAGAUGGAGACUGGGCUGAGCCCGGAAAUUGCACACUUCAGCCUGCAAUCCAGUGACGGGCGCGAUGUUGUUGUCAAGCCUGCAGACAGACACAACCUGCUAAGACCAGAGACGGUGGAAAGUCUGUUCUACAUGUACAGAUAUACUAAGGACACAAAGUACCAAGACUGGGGAUGGGAGAUACUGCAGAGCUUUAAUAAGUACACUAAGGUGUCCGAUGGCGGCUACACGUCCAUUAACAACGUCCGUGACCCCGUUAACCCCGGGCCCCGUGACAAGAUGGAGAGCUUCUUCCUCGGCGAGACACUGAAGUACCUGUACCUGCUCUUCUCUGACGACUUGGAGCUGCUCAGUCUAGACAAGUAUGUCUUCAACACAGAGGCCCAUCCACUCCCCAUAUGGCCUUCUCCACCAAAGUGAUGUGACCAUACAGGAGACAUCUGUAAAGAUCUGGCCCGUAUGAGUCAAUGACUGUAACGGCCGCUCAGUCAGGCAAGUCUACAAGCAACCGUCCAGACUGGACUGCUGUGUUUAGCAGUAAAGCAGAUAUGUGCCGUCCACCUGUACUUUGAUACGUUUCCAUGUGGAGGAAUUUAUUUUGGAUUUUCCUUUUUUUUAAUUUUUCCUAAGGAAAAUGUUUGUGAUAGAGCUGGUCUCUACUGUAAACAACUUUUGUAAAAAUCAGUUUGGGCUUGCUAGGGCUAACAGGAAGCAAGAAAGAAGAUUUUGGAAGGGCUUUAUUACUUGAGUGGCUUGGAUAGUUGUUCUUUAUAUGUAUGUAUGUGGGGAAAGCGCUCAUUCAUCCUACAUACUGCAGUGAGGUGUCAUGGCUGUGACUGUGGUGGUCAACCAAUUCUUUUAAUACACUAAUGUUUGAAGGUGCAGUAACCAAUCAUGGAAAUGUAUGAAAGAUGUUCAGAUAAGCUUCUAUUUAAACAGAUUGCUCUAGGCGACGAAUCCCUGACUACUUGUUAGAGUCUUUGCUUUGGCUACAUUCAGUGCACUUAAGUAUAAAACAUACAUUUAAAAAGUUCUCAUUUUUAUUCCCUCUAGGGAAAUAUAUGUCCUGUAUUUGUCCAAUCAUAAGUAUUCAGGAGCAGCAGGCAGCUGCAGUGCAGCGCCCAGGAACCAGUUUCACUUCUGAGGCCAGUUCUUGCUGUAAAGCAGAGGUAGAGUGUUCCUAAUACCUAACAUGCAUGUCUUUAAUUAUAUAAAGACUAGUUAAAGUAUUAGGAAGUUUAGGUACACAAACAUUAGUAAUGUACUUUUACUUUACUUUUACAAACUGCUUCUUUCCUGUUGCUUAUUUUCUGAUCAGUGCAGCCUCCAGGUGUUGAUCAGUAGAUUCUCACCAAAUUUUUUCCAGACUCCUGACUGAGUUUACCAAAUGUAGGUUGUCUUUCUUUGAGACCACCAGAUUAAAACACUGGUUAUAAUUGUUACUAAGAUGGAACAUUUAAACAACUGUGAAGCCCCAGAAUGCACUGCACUUCAACUUCAAAUUGAUUACUUUAUUGGGCACCACUGUCACACACAUAGCAGUGAUUUAUUAGAUGCUGACAGAUAACAAAUUACUGCACAUUCACACCUCGUUGUGUCUUUAAAGGGAAGCCUGGUUGUUGUUUAUAUUUAAUGUGGAUGUGGCAGAAAAGUCACAGUUUUUAGGUCAUGUCUAUAUGACCUAAAUGUGUAAAAGUAAAACAGAUGUACUGUAUAGAGAUGUAAUGAAUGAAUGAGUCUUAGAUGAUUCAGGGCUGCACACAUUAUGACAGCUUGUUUUAUUGAUGAAUGUAGACAUUUGUUCUGUGAUUUUUUUUAAAAUUAUUAUUAUUUUACAUGUUUGUCAUAGACAUGCACCUGUCAGAAAGUACGUUUACAUGCACUCUAGUAAGCCGGUUUUGAGUCUUAUCCUGGUUUUGAUUAUAUUCAGGAUGGGAUGUGUAUAUGGAACACGGACUAACCUGAUUGUUUGUCUCCGUAUACAUGAUCCUAACAUGAUCAAGGUUUCUGAUCGUCAAAGUAUGCAAGGAAAAACCCACUUUGGUCUCUGGCCGACAGGACUUUACCACUCUGCUACAUCAGCCUGAUCACAACUGUAAUACUGGUGUGCAUGUAAACACACUCAGUGAGUGUAACGCUUAUUUUACAUCACAUGAAGGAAAAUGAAUUAAGGCUGCUAUGCCGUCUUAAAUUUGUAGUUACUGUGUAGUUAAAGCAAAAUAAAGCAACUGGGAACAUGAUCAUUUCCUGUGUCAGGGACAGUAUACAUGCAGCCGUUCAUUCAUCCAUUUAUCACACCCAACUUGUAUAAGAAGUGAAGUUUGUUGAAUUGUUUUCUUCAUACUCGAAGGAAUUUGAUUCAUUGCUGUUUAGCAUUCCCUGACUCCCCGUCAAACAUUGAUGUAGAGCAGUGUGGGAGCGCUUGUUUUCCAUAUGCUAACAUUGAAAAAUCACUUUGAAGGACAUAUCUGUUGUACUGUAGCUGCUGUGUUGAAGAUGGUUGAACCUACAUUUUGUUAUUGUACUAUCACCUUCAAUUCUUCAAUCCAGAGUUUCUGUUUUGAUUCAUUUUUCCACAGUGAAGACAGACAGUCAAGUCCAGGUUUUAAGCAUCUUCUCUUGUUAAUGAACGUCUGUCUAACAGAGAGCCAUAUACUAACUAACAUCACUGAAUGUGCACUACAUUUGCCAAUGCGCUGCUGUGCCUAUUGAAACGUAUAUUGUGCUACGGUGGUUUGUUUCUGUUGUCUUUUAUUGCUGCUGCAUCAGUGGUGUUUAUUUGUGAAGUGCUCUGAGUGAAAGUUUGAUUUAUGGCUCGUAUUUUUACUCUGGAUGUGUGGGUGACAAAACAAUAUGGAUGUAAAUAUUUUGUGUAAACUGUUUCUAACCUGUCUGUUGAAUCAAACGUGCAUCUGCUGAUUAUUGAGCCCUUUCUGGUCUUAAUUUUAUACCAAGCGGCAUUCAUUUACGAAGACUGAUGUCUGAUAAAUAAGUGAUUUUCUGAAUCUAUUGCAUCACACAUCAAGGGGGAAAAUUUAAUAUCCUAAUUUAAAACAUACAUUUUGAAAAUGACUCAUUUGAUGUAAGAACAUCUGUUCUACAACUUAAAAAUGACUCAUUCAUAGUAUUUCAUGGUUUAUUAAAGUGAUUUCAAUUCCUGCCGCAUAAGGAAUGAUAAUUAGAUGAGAAAUUCAUUACAGAGCUAUAAGAGGGCUGAACGAAACAUGAGCUUUUUAUGUUUCUCUGUUCACUUUAACCCAGACAUGACCUGUAAAGUGCCACCAGGUCAUAUCUUGUCUAAUCUAGUCUAGAUUGUUGUGUGACUUUCACAGACAAACCACUCUGGGUACUUUUCAAACAUGAUGCUACUAUAUAAAAUAGCAACCAGGUUCAUGUCUGAAAGGGGCAACGGCUUUAUGGACAAUGCCAGUAAAAACUAAAGCCAUUCCAUCACCAGAUCACGGGUGAUGAGUGAGGAAACCAAACUAGAUCUAUGUGGAAUAACUCUUAACCAAUGUUAAUAUGGUUUGAGUGUAAUAGUUUUUGACAACAAUAUAUAUCAAGAUAUAUCAGGCUUUGGAUACUCAGGCAAUAUCAUAAGAUUUGUUGACAGUAAGAAAAGUUUAUAUUAUUGCCAGCUUAUCCUUCAUCACAAUAAAAGUUUCAGAUGGUGCCACAAAGACAGGAAGGUGAUUGUGAUAUCACAUCAGUGUCUCAUAGCAGGAAGCUCACAGGUUAAGUCUCUUCAAAAGCCAAUUUUUAUGAUGUAAGAAAAGCAGCCGUGUCUUUAGCUUGACCUAUAUUCUUUUUUUUUCCUUCACUUGAUUAGUAUUGGCAUCAUAAACCAAAGGGUUGUACUAUGUACUGUAUCCAUAGAGGGAUAGGAGAUCUCAAGUCAGAACUCAAAAACAUUAAAAUGCAAUGAACGUCGGGGUCUUCACAUUGAUAAAUGCUCUGCUCUCUCUGUAUAAUUGCCUCUCUUAUCUUUGGCAUCAAUCAGCCUUUGUCAGAUAUUCAUGAUCAUUAUUUUGUGUAAAGAGACUGAUGGUAACAGAAAAGAUAAAAGACCAGAAAUGACUCAUUAAGCUCCCCAGUGAGCUCCCACACAAGCUAUUUAAAUUCACUUCAACUUGUCAUUUAACAUAGUCAUUAUUUUUCACUGCUGAUUUUUUCCACAUAUUGGAAUUAUUAUUUCUAUUUUUUAAGAAAAUUAGGCAGUCUGAUCCCAUUUUUUUAUAAACUGUAAUGGUCAGGAAAUUGAUUCUGCAAAACCUUGUUUAGAACUGUAAGGUUUUUUGAAGCAAAAGGAGGUUUUGAUGUACAGUAUUUGACUACUAAUCAAGCAUUUUGUCCAAUUCAACACUUUUAUUAGCUGAUUGGCUGAAUCUUCCACUUGUGAUAAUGUUGAUAAAUGUUAUUAAUGUGAUUGUUAUUGAACUCAAGCCAUAGCAAAGUGACAACUUAACUAUUUUACACAGAUGUGGGCGACAAAGCAUCAGUGUUGUUCAUCAGUGUCUUGCCUGCAGAGGUUCCUGCUUCAGUGAGUGAGGGGCCAAAGACAUGGAUCAAUAUUGUUUUUAAUGGUGCAAUCGAUUAAUUGAGCCAUACUAGAGGGGAAAAAAACCACAUCUUGACACAGCGGUCACUACUCUCCGUGAUGACAGAGCCAGUGUACUAAGUCAAUAACUCUUCUGGCUAUUUUGAAGACAAUGCAAAGUAUUUAUUUUAAUUUGCCCUUUUGCCCUGUGUUCAGUUUUCAGAGCAGACACAGUUAUAGAAGUUUCUCCUUUUCGUUUGUACUUUUCAUGGUGCUGUGUUUGCCAAUGUUUGUCUCUGCUGAUUCCCAGCCAUUUGUCAAAUCCGCAUUCACUGUACAGAUGACUGAUUCUGCACUUUGUAACUCAAGUUGUGGCUUACUGCAAUGUUCACCAAAUUCAAACUUUUUUCCUGCCUACUACAUUUUUAAAUAAAGGUUUUCAAUGAA